AUUGGAUGCGAGCGUGAAGGAGGAUUACUAUUUAGCUUGGGCAUUUUGGAACAAACGCCUCGGAGCGCGUUUAUCGGUGAAUUGGACAAGAUCGCAAGGAUAAUAAUAGAUUCAGUAAUAUACAACAAUAAACACCUAUUGAUUAUAAUGAUUGGAUUGUUAUUACAUUUGGUUGACAUUAAUGCAUCAGUUGUCGAUAGUAUGCAGAGUUUACUUCCGCGCCUCACAGCUUUAGCACAGUAUGAAGGGUCUAUGGAUGUACGAAUAAUGAGCCUACGGUUCCUGGCGCAUGUGGCGAAUACGUAUCCAACGUCCGUCAUCCUCCCGUACAAACAGGACAUGCUGAUCGGCCUUGCGCCGGCGCUGGACGACAAGAAACGUCUGGUACGCGACGUCGCGGUAAAGGCGCGCACCAGGUGGUUCAUGGUCGGAGCACCCGGCGAGGCUAAGGAGAAUUAAUGUGUACUGGACAUUGAUUUUGAAAGGUGAUUGAAACAGCUCAGAGUCGAGAGGCAAGGUUAAGAACAGUGUAGAUUUAAAGCUAUGUGUACAUUCAUCGAUGUAAUAGUGAUUAAAAAAUUAAAUUGGCGUCGAUAAGUUUUGGUCCUUCGAUCCAGAUAUGGAAUGGUGUUUUGUGAUUUUUUUGGGUGAUAGUGACAAAUUACCUUAUAUUUGGUAGUAUCAGUGGACGCGACAUUCUAAUAUAUUAGCAUAAAGUUGUAUGUAUGUAUCAACAACAAAUUAUACAGCUUAUGGUAUGAUUUCAGCUGAAAUGCCUAUACUAAUAUAAUGGACUGAAUGAAAAGUAGGAACAAGUUAUCGAUAUACCGAUAGCAAAAGUGCGCAGUUCAGUGAGCAUUUUACUAAAAAAAAAAGUGCAAAAAAUGGAUAUCCUCAUAACACGACGCGAUUCCAUUAUUAAUGUGACGAUUUUUUGUUGACUAUUUCAUAAUGCGAUCUGACUAGAUAGAAGUUUCUUUUAUGUGGAUUUUGAAAAGAAUUUACUACAAAAAUGAAACUGACUGAUGAAAAGCCUUAUCUGGAGGUAUAGAAAUAUUUACAGUAGUUUAUCUCACGAUAUGAAACUGUUUUAUCUCAGUAGUUGCAAUACAUUUUAUAAUAACUGAACGCCAAACGCUCAAUAAAUACAUUAAAUCAGUUCAAACUUAAAUGUAGGCAAAUAAAUGCGCUUUUAGGGGAUAAAACACAGUGUAUUGACCUUAUCUCCGUCCUAUAAUGUGACCUAUCAAAAUAUCAGGCACAAAGAAGCAUGCGAAAUCAGAUUAUUUUGAAUAUAAUUGGAGUGUACCAUAAAUUUGUGGAAAAGUAAAAACAUGAUUGCAAGAUUGGUCUACUGACAAGGAGAAUAAAAGUAUUGCUUUUAUUAAAAAUAAUAUGAACAGUUUUGAGCAUGAUAAGUUUUUUUUUUAUUUCUUGAUGGUUUCAUGAGCUACCCUUUAUCCCUCGUCGCACUUGAAGGUAAACAGUAUUUAGAAGAAUUGCGAUCAGCAAUACCACUUUAAUUUGGUAUCUUCAUAUUCACUGAGCGAUUAUAUUAGAUGCAAUAAAUGUUAGUCGGAUAUGUAUGUUUUUAUUCCAUGUAAAAUAGCCGUACAAUGUUUUUUCGAGCUUAAAACCUAAUUGUCUAUGGUAAUAACGCAGGGAUGAUUGUCUAUGUUUAUAGGGAAUAUAUGUGUGCUAAAAUAUAUUUUAAAGUACUUACAACAUAUUGAGUAAAGAGCAAUUUUUAUUUGACUUUUUAUAUUUGGUGAGAAUGGUUCUCUGAUUUUGUAAAUAUUAUUUUGUAUAAUUCAUGACAGCGUUUUAUCGUUUUAUUUUAUUAUAUUUAUUCCUUACCCAUUCUCCAUAGAGCUUCAAGCACAAAGUAUUAAAAUCCGUACAUUGAAGGCAGCAAUAAAAUAUUGUUUAUCAGAAAAUACAACAAUUUAGCACCAGUUAUAGAAGCAUUUUUCCAUAGCAUUAUUUUUCUUUAAAAAAAUCGUUAACUUUUCUAUCUCCAGACACAAGGUAAGCUUGUCUCACUAAUAUCUCAAACGUUUGUUACCUUAGUAACUGAUGAUUCCGCAUCCUAACUGAAUCUACAGGCGAUUCUGUUCCAAUUUUAAUUUUUGGUCUCAUUCCGAGAAUAAACCAAUGAAAAUAAGUUAUUUGUAAACGUCAAAAAUACUUUGCUCUGAUUGGUCCAUUCUUGCGACGGAUCGGAAAAGCGAUUGGGAGUGUUUAUUAUAAACGAUAGUUAAUUGUAUUUGUCACCGUCGCGUAUUAAGGGCAAGUUCAAUGAAUGUUAAGGAAAUUGUAUAUUAUCUGGCCCCUAAUUCUUUUCUAAUUUGGUUUUUAUUACUGUGGCAU